UGUCAUUUGCAGCACAAGCUACUUCACUCUCUCUCUCUCUCUCUCAAACCCUAAAUUACUAAAUUUGAAAAUUUGAAAAAAAAAAAAAAGAAGCACAAACAACACCAACGCAAGCUCUCUCUUUCUUGCCAUCUUCGGUUUCUCACAAAAGAAUCCAGAAUGGAUGCAUUUGAGGCCGACCCAGUUGAGAGAUUGGGGUAUGGAGCGAGACCCACUUGAGAAAGCUGCAUUGCAGUGGUGCCCAUGGGAAAGGGCCAGGAAGGCCAGGCGGUGCCGGCCAGGGUGGGGGCCGAGUCUUCGGACCAGAAUGCGCAGGGACGGUGGUGUGGCGGUGGUGGGUGUGGGAACUGUGGCUUUGGGUGGUGCUGUGGUGGGGUUCGGAGGCUCAUUGGGCUCAGAUGCCUACUGGUCCUGCUGCUCUCCGCCGCUGUCUUCCUCUCCGCUAUGUUUUGGCUGCCCCCGUUUCUUCGGUUCGCAGAUCAGGGGAAUCUGGAUCUUGAUUUAAAGUUCAAAGAUCAUGAUAUAGUAGCACGUUUCAAUCUUAAGAAGCCAUUUUCUUUCCUGGAAGACAAUAUCUUGCUGCUUGAGGAAGACAUUUUUAAUGAGAUAGAUUUUCCUUCCAUCAAAGUGGUUAUCUUAUCUCUAGAACCCAUAGCUGGAUCAAAUGCAACAACGGUUGUGUUUGGAGUUGAUCCUGAUGCGAACUAUUCAAAAAUAUCCCAAACUGUGCAAAGCUUGAUCAAGGGAAAUUUUGUUUCUAUGGUUCUACAACAGCCUUCUCUUCGCCUGACUACAUCCUUGUUUGGGGAACCAUUCCUUUUCGGGGUGCUAAAAUUCCCAGAAGGAAUUACUAUAAGCCCUCCUCAGCAUGCAUUUCUUUUGCAGAAAGUGAAAAUCUUUUUCAACUUCACCUUAAACUUCUCUAUCUAUCAAAUACAAUUAAAUUUUGAUGAAUUGACGAGCCAGCUGAAGUCGGGAUUAAAUCUGACACCCAAUGAGAACUUGUAUGUUAGCUUAUCAAACCCAAAAGGUUCCACGGUAGCUCCUCCCACUAUUGUUCAGUCGUCUGUUCUCCUGGCAGUUGGGAAUGCUCCCACAAAGCAAAGAUUAAAGCAACUUGCUCAAACCAUUACAGGCUCUAAUUCAAAAAACCUUGGCCUGGAUCACACUGUAUUUGGUAAGGUUAAGCAAGUUCGUCUUUCUUCUAUCUUGCAACACUCCCUCCAUGGUGGUGAUGGCAGUGGCACCUCACCUUCUCCUGCACCUCUGCCCCAUCCUCACCACCACCACCACCACCACCAUCACCAUCAUCACCACCAUCACCAUGAUAAUCAUCUAGCUCCGGCAAUUCCUCCCACUCCUGCACAUGAGAGGGGUGUGCCUGCAACUCAAAAGGGUGCACCUGCUCCUCAGGAUGCUUCACCCGUACCUGCUCCUCAGGAUGCUUCACCUGCCCCGAAGAGAAGUGUGCCUGCUCCUGAGAAAAGUCAUGAAGCAAAGCCUCCUGGUUGUGGACAUGGAUAUAAAAGGAGUUUUACAGGGCAUGCCAGAAAGCAUUCUCACUUGGCCCCUGCAGCAUCACCUUAUAUUUCUCCUCAUUAUCCUGCUGCCUCGCCACAAGCGCCAGUAGUCCCACCGGCACCCAUAUCUCAUACGGUACCUGCUUCUAGUCCUUUGCGAAGUGUAGUUUUUGCUCAUGUUCAGCCCCCAUCGAAGAGUGAAUCAGAUUCAGAACAUUCUGACACUAUGCCAUCAGUUGCACCAUCACCAUCUAUAUCUUCUGCAGGCUCUCUUCCUACUGUUCAAUGGGCAUUUUCUCUGUUCCUAGCCCUUGUAUUACAUUUGUAACAGAGGAGGAACAUCUAUAUUCUAGUUUAAACCACGUCUCUGGUACUCAAAGGACAAAA